AUGAUUGAAAUCACAGUCAACGAUCGAUUGGGAAAGAAGGUCCGCAUCAAGUGCAAUCCGAACGAUACAAUUGGGGAUUUGAAGAAGUUGAUUGCGUUGCAAACGGGUACAAGAUGGGACAAGAUCGUCCUGAAGAAGUGGUACACGAUCUACAAGGACCACAUCACGCUCCAAGAUUACGAAAUCCACGAGGGCUUCAACUUUGAGCUGUACUACCAA